AUGCUCAGGUCAUUACAAUGUCAGUAACAGAUGGUGAUGAGCCACAUUCCCUAGCCUGGAACGCCAAGUUCACAAUUGUCGAUGGUGAUCCUGGAGGACUUUUCAAUGUGACAACAGGAAGUAACAAACAUGAAGGAAUCAUUGCUACUGCCAAGGGUCUUGACUUUGAGAGGAGCAGCAAGCACAUUCUGUUGAUUGCAGUGGAGAACGAGGUUCCUUUUGCUACUCCGCUGCCCACUGCCACCGCCACAGUGGUGGUAAAUGUGCAGGACGUCAGUGAAGCGCCCGAUCCAAUACAGAAGCAAAUGUCAAAACGGGAGGAUCAUGCUGUUGACAGUGAUGUGCGAACCUGAAGGCAGUCUACAAUGACCCAACAGCACCCCAUGUCCAGCAGAGACCAGGACAACAACUGCCUUUGGGGAUCUUGCUUCAAGAAACUAGCUGACAUAUACAGGGGAGGAGAAGAUGACAUGCCAUAAAUGUACCAAAGAACA